ACCACGAAUAUGAAUCCUACCACGGACCUCUGUGCUUUCGCCAGACUUGCGAUUGGAUAAUGAUAGGCUAGAGGUAAAUCCGAGAAGGUGCCGACAAAGCAAGACCGAUGGCAUUCGACAGCGCUUUCUAGCCCUUUCACUUCAAGGGCCCAGGCAAACUUAGCCAGGCAAGUUAAACAACGAAAGUCCAAGAUGAACUCCGUGAGAACUGGGGAUCUACCAGUAAGACUUUAGAAGGAUCUCUGGAGAGGAUGGAGCAACUUGGAAAAAGGCGAAACCAUGUGUGGAUCGGCAGAUAACAACCCAACGCCUCCUCCGCGCAGAGUAAUUACAGCACUUUUGGAUUCAUCCUCUUCUCAACCACGUCCGCGUACAAGUACACGUCCAAGCACUAGCACAGGAAGACAUCGACCCCAGAGCAGCAGGACUGGGCGCGACAGACCUCAAUCUACCCAUCAGAGGCCCUCAAGCUCCUUUGCUAGACCCUCCAGCUCCAGAAGGCAGAAACACGCCCCGAAAACAUCUGGUGGAGAAAGACAUACCUCGUCGUAUAGAGAUAAGUCUCAAUUCCCCUUGAUUCCAGAAUAUCCCGAAGAUCGAACAAUCAUAAGACGAAUUACCAAUCUUGCAACUCUCAUCGAUCAACACGCGGAAUUCUAUUACCCACACAAUGCUCGUAUACAGGGAGGAGAUACUGAACUGGAUAAUCUCGAAACGCGCCACGCCGCAAUCCGCAGACAUAUUGCGAGAGGAAUUGUCGCAUCCAUAAUUGAGGAAGAUUCGUCGGACAUAUCUGAGGUCGCAAACCACAUUGCCACACAACUUGCAGACUAUGCGGAUCCGAAUACCGAAGACGCACGCAACGCACAUAUACAAGAACUCUGCAAAUUGGGCGACGAACUGAGAGUCCUCAUAGAAUCCCAUCCUUCGUCUUGGAUUUUCGGCUCGUGGGCAGACAGUGAGCUGGGAUUCAUUGUGAUGUUUCCGGCAGUUUCGAAGGAUGGAGAUCAAGUUAUUGCUCGACAAAUCUUUCGAACUGGUUAGAGCACUGGACUGGGAAUUUUUUUAGCAUGUCCUAGGCGUAGCAAAAAGCUCUCAGAUCCGGCAUGCAUUGUUUGGAUGAAUGACUUAGAAAUUGGAAUGCUCGGGAAAGGUGGCAGUGCUGGGCUUA